UCCCAAACAGUGGUAAACGAGUGUGCACAGGCUUGCGACAAGGCACUUCGUCUAUUCCUGUAUGUUGUGAAUGACACUAUUUAGAAAGAACGAUCUGUCUUACCCAGAAAGAACGGCCUAUGCACGAACUACAGAAGGACUGAUCUUCCGAGAGCGGUCUUUCUUCAAGGCCAUCAUCCAUCAUCCAUCAACCACACCGGAAGGACGCCUUUCGUUCAGCUUAAGACGCCUUCAACGUUAUCCAGAGAUAUAUUCUUUGCUUCGUCCCCGCCCUGCCUUCGCACCAGUCUGCGAAGACUCCUCUGCAGCCAAAUCAAUAAUUGUCACCGUCCCAAUACCACAGUCACACCCAUCGCCCGUCUUUUUGCCACGUCUUAGGAAUUAGACGCUAUACUAUCUAGCAUCCGAGACCCACCAUAAUGUCUUCGACCGGAUUGAGCUCCGACAUGUCGGACCCCAUCAAGGCGAUCAACCACGCGAUUAGGGAGACAACCAAAGAGCUCGAUCAGAGGCAAUCUGAAAUCGCGUAUGCUGAAACGAUACGCAUGCGGCACCAAGAGCCACACGAUAAUUACCAGCGGGACCUUCAAAGGCUCAAAGACGUCAAGAAGAAGAUAAUUACCGCAGUGCAGAAGAGGGACGAGGCAGCCGAAGAGAUGCAAGAGGGGCAGAGGAAGAAGAGUGAGGGGGAAGAGCAGAGAGAAGAGUCUGAGACGAAGAAAAAAACAGCUCUUGAUCAAAUCAACGAGGCGCUGGCAGAGCUUGUGCAGAUUACUAGCAGUCAACCACCUCCAUUAUAUAAAUCCCUUCGAACUUCUGGGUCGACUCCGACAAUCAGCAGCCGGCGAAGUUCGACUGCUGCACCAGACGACGACUUCGACGGCGACCUUUUUUGAUACAAUCGCACAUCUAAUCCUUACGGGAUUCGGCAAUCUGCCUUUGUUACUCCUCGUUCAUCGACCUGGGCCGUCCGUUAUGCAAAGCAACCACCAAAACGUCAUUCUCUUCAGACAUGCAGACCCCCAACCUUCAAUAAACCCUCCAUAGCAUACAGCAAUCCCGCGACUCGUGAAUCACGCCGACUUUUCAGCACCUCACUCGACGGAUGCCGAUAUCCAUGCUUCUAUAUCCGGCUAGGCUCUGCUGCAGAUCACCAUUUCUAGUCUGAGAAGCAUGCUGAUUGGAAGGGAGGAGAGUUCAUUAGGUAUCGUCUAGUAGGCUAAAGCUAUAAGGCGCCUUGGGCAGAUGAAUCAUACAGCUUUCCAUUCUCUUCU